AUGCUGCACAGGGAAGGAAGGCAAGGAGAGCGUUCCUUCAGGGUUGAGGUGGAUCUGCUAAGCCGAUUGCACUCUCCAUACUUGGUGGAGCUGCUUGGUUAUUGUGCUGACCAGCACCAUAGGCUCCUCAUAUUUGAAUGCAUGCCUAAUGGUACUCUGCAACACCAUCUACAUUCCACAAACAAACAUCAGCCGUUGGAUUGGGGGACCCGAUUGAGGAUAGCUCUUGAUUGUGCUAAGGCCCUUGAGUUCCUCCAUGAGCAUGCCAUCCCUUCUGUUAUACACCGGGACUUCAAGUGCACCAAUGUUCUGUUAGAUCAAAAUUUUCAUGCCAAGGUAUCUGAUUUUGGAUUGGCCAAGAUGGGUUCUGAAAAAAUCAACGGUCAGAUUUCGACGCGUGUGCUGGGGACCACAGGAUAUCUGGCACCAGAGUAUGCCUCAACAGGAAAGCUUACUACAAAAUCAGACGUAUACAGCUACGGGGUGGUUCUUUUAGAGCUCUUAACAGGGCGUGUGCCGGUAGACACCAAACGGCCUCCCGGAGAGCAUGUCCUUGUCGCAUGGGUUCUUCCAAGGUUAACUAACAGAGAAAAGGUAUUGGAAAUGGUUGACCCAGCUCUACAGGGGCAAUUCUCAAAGAGGGAUCUAAUUCAGAUGGCAGCUAUUGCAGCAAUGUGCGUGCAGCCAGAAGCUGAAUAUCGGCCUCUAAUGACCGAUGUUGUGCCUUCUCUAAUUCCUCUGGUUAAAAACUCCUGCUCUUCUGGUUCCUCUAGAUUUCAGAAUCAUAUGACAAGUCCAAGGUAUUAG